GGGGCGCGCCGAGCGACGGUUGCUAGGGUGACGGGGAUACAACAUGGCGGCGGGGUCCUAACGCUCUCCAGAGGGGGAGCACCGCGGCGGUCGUGGUGCUGAGGCAGGAUCCGGCCUCUGGAGCGUGGAAGCGUGCUACCCUUCCUGUCCUUCCCGUGAGGGGAUGUACCUGGCAUCCGCAUCCGGCAUGAAGGACUACAGAGCGGUUGGGAAACUAGGCGAAGGGACGUUUUCCGAAGUCGUGAAGCUGCAGAACCUGAGGGAUGGAAACUACUACGCCUGCAAGCGGAUGAGGCAGCACUUCGAAAGGCAGCCUUGAGCAAGUGAACAGCCUUCGAGAGGUACAAGCCCUGAGGCGCCUGAAUCCACACCCCAACAUCCUCACGCUGCACGAGGUGGUGUUGUGCAGGGCCCAAGCACUUGGGCCAUCCUCCACUGCCUCCUCAGGCCACAGCAGAGAGCUGGAAUGGAAGAGGAGCAACUGAGACUAGAACCCGGUGCCCAUGUGGGAGGCCGGCACUGCAGGCAGAGGAUUAACCACCGACAGGAACUCUGGUUGUCUUGCACUGAUAUGUGAACUUAUGGACAUGAAUGUUUAUGAACUAAUACGAGGGAGGAGACACCCACUGCCAGAGAAGAGAAUCGUGCGCUACAUGUACCAGCUCUGCCGAGCCCUGGACCACAUGCACAGGAACGGCAUAUUUCACAGAGACGUCAAACCCGAAAAUAUACUAAUAAAGCAGGACGUCCUGAAAUUAGGGGACUUCGGCUCGUGCCGGAGCGUCUACUCCAAGCAGCCGUACACGGAGUACAUCUCCACCCGCUGGUACCGGGCCCCGGAGUGCCUCCUGACCGACGGCUUCUACACGUACAAGAUGGACGUGUGGAGCGCCGGCUGCGUGUUCUACGAGAUUGCCAGCCUGCGGCCCCUCUUCCCUGGGACCAAUGAACUGGACCAAAUCUCAAAAAUCCACGAUGUCAUCGGCACGCCCGCGCAGGAGACCCUCACCAAGUUCCAACAGUCGAGAGCUAUGAAUUUUGAUUUUCCUUUUAAAAAGGGGUCAGGAAUACCUCUGCCGACAGCCAGUCUGUCCCCACAAUGCCUCUCCCUCCUGCAUGCCAUGGUGGCCUACGACCCCGACACGCGAAUCGCUGCCCACCAGGCCCUACAGCACCCCUACUUCCAGGAGCAGAGGGCAGCAGAGAGACAGGCUCUGGCUGGCCAUAGAAGAGCUGCCUUCCCAGAGCACGCCGGGGCCCCAGAACCACCCAGUCACGGCUGGCCGAUGGCCAAGGAGGGCAGGAAGCAGAAGGCGGCCCUGAAGCAAGAGGACGCCCAGCCCCGGAGAGCAGGCCCAGGCUACGUCACGGAGCUGCCCCCGCUGCAGCUCCCGGCAGCGACCAAACUAUCCUCGCACUCCAGCCCCGCGCUGCCCUCGGCGUUUGCCUGGGGGGCGAGCGGGACGGUGCCCCGGCUGAGACCCCUGCAGCGCCGCGGGCCCGACAAGCAGAGGGACGCCCGCAGGGACGCGAAGCCUCACCUGAAGCCCUGGCGCCUGCCCGCCAUCGACAGGAAAGGUGGCGGGUGCUGAGCAGCGGGGGGCGGAGGCUGGGGCUGCAGACUGCGGGGCUGGCCUGCCUGCACGUGCACCCCAAAGCCGUGGGCGCUCCCUUGGGGAACCACCUUCCCUUGGCCUCAUUGUCCCAAAGGAAGAGCUUGAGGGAGAGGGGGAUUUGUAAGUUUGUGUGAACCAAAACAGGGCCUGGGCUGCAUGCAGCGUGGCCUGGGGUGGGGUCUGAUGUCAGCCUCCACCUGCAGGCACCUGUGCACUCUGGCGGCCCCCCACGCUGCCCGCGCCCACCCCUGAUUCUAUUAAAGAGUGAGCACCUCUGUCCUCAUCA